GCAGGUGAGAAACAGCAUAGGUGCAGCACCGCCCACAGCCAAACCAAGAUCAAAAGUCUGAGGUUGUGAAUGUCAGUCAGUGUGUCUGAUCACACUGAUCUGAAAGGCUUCUGGUGUCUGCAGAGAGAAUGAUAACUUCCGAAACAUUUAAUUUGGUUCUUCAGUAAUAGAGGGGGAAAGUCUGUUGUCCUUUAAGGAUGUAUCGUCGUCUUUUCGUGGUUGCCAGUCUGCUGUCAUCCUAUAUGGGUGGAUCCCGUGCUCAGGAUCAGCCACUGCAGGUUCUUGCCUUUGCGGGUGGAGAUGUUAUUCUACCGUGCAGAUUCAAUAUCUCUGACAAGGAAGACUUUCCGACUGUUGAGUGGUCCAAGGAAGGCUUGAAGCCAGAUGUUGUCUUCUUGUACCGGGAUGGUUGUGAGGCCUACGAGAUGAAGAAUCCAGCCUUCGAGUACAGGACAAGCCUCAUCAUGAAAGCGCUCAAAGAUGGAAACAUCUCAUUACGGAUCUCCAAUGUGCAGGUUUCUGAUACUGGAAAGUACAAAUGCCUCACAUUCCAGAAAAAUGUUGCCAGGAAGGUUACAACAGUGGCGCUGGAUGUGGUGGCUGUUUCUGACCCAAAGCUUUCAGUGAUUUCAGCGGAGGGCGGUGACAUAGCACUGCAUUGUGAAGCAAACUGCUGGCUGCCAGAGCCUCAGGUAACAUUUCUGGAUGACAAUGGAAACAACAUCUAUGGGGAAAACCCCAAAGGAGAACAAGAUGCCCGUGGAUGUUUCACUGUGACACGAAGAGCCACUCUGCAAAGAGCCACCAGCAGUGUCACCUGCAGAGUUCAUCAACCAGAGUUUAACCAGACCAGGGAAACAAAGAUCCUCAUACCAGGUGUCUGCAUGAAGUCUGAUCCUCACACUAUUGCCAUCGCCAUUGGAGGAACAGCACUGUUUUUCUUAGUUGCAGCUGGGGUCAUUGCCCUUUCAUGCAAAAAAUGCUUCAGAUGUGCUAUUGUAAAGCAGCCAGUGAAAAGAAAGACAUCAAAUCAAAGCCACCUCCACCCCACAAGAGUUAACAGCACAGACAGCUCGGUAAAUGGCAGCAUUGGACAGAUGAAAAGAGAGUCUGGGUUUCUUAUCGAAGAUGAGACCCGAAAACUACAGGACAGCAAAGUUGUUUCCUACAGCAGUGGAACAACUGUCCAAUGCCAUUCCACAACCACAGCAGACGUUUCAAAACCCUCCAAACUACUCUUAACUCACGGCCCUGACAACAAGAGCUUGACCAGUGUGCACAAUCCAAACCUAUCUUCAGCUUCAAACAGCUUUAAAACUCCAAAAUCUGACGACUUACCAAAAAGCUGGGGUUCAAAGCUUAUUAUCAAAAGGCAAAACAGCUUUCCAGGACCUGGUAACCAGAUGAUCAACUCCAGUGUCUCACCCCAUCAAAGCACCCACCAUCCUCAGCGUAGGCGCUCCUCAGGACCUCCACAUUUUGGUGAAUUUCAUAACCGUCACAGCCUCCUGAGAAAUUUACCUGAAGAAGAUGAACAGAGAAGUUUAUUAAAAAAUGAAAACUAAAAGAAAUGUAAGCUGUACAUUUCAAACAUAAGUGAAGCAUAAGGCAAGGCAAUGCUCGCUUGGUUUAAAUGACUGAAACUCCUUAACUGAGCAAUAACUAGAAACUGAAAUUUCACACCAGUGAUGAAAGCAUGGAGUAGGAGCUUGACCCCUGGAUGAACUACAGCAGGUUGUUGGGAACAGGAAUGCUGGGCAUUUAUGUUUAGACUUUUGCUUCUGGGCCUGGAGUCAAAUAACUAGAAAAAUGGACAUAUAGUUUAAAAGAACUGAGCCAGCCUGGUGGGCUUACCUGUGUUUCUAGUAAACUAAGCUAACUUAAUACUGGUACAGGCCUGUCCUUUGAAUGUUUUUAAUAUUAAGGAUGAUUUCUUUCUUUUUUUCCUUUCUUUUUUUUUGCAUUACCAGUCAAAAAAUGGGACCAGACCAUGAUGUAUGGUGCUUGUGAUACUUUUGCUUAUAUAUGGGAGGCUCUUUCUUUUUACUUUCAUAUUAAGGCUUGGGGCUAGUUUGUAUGUUUUUGUUUGUUUGCAGAAAAAAAAAACAGUUUUUGUUAACAUUGUUAACACUUUGUUAACAUAUAGGAGUGUCUUUUCCAAUAGACGAAAUCAUUUUAGCUAACUUUCUUCUUGCACUUUAAAGCCUUUUUUUACUUGUUAUUGUAUUUUUGUGUAUAGUGUUACGUAUUAAUGUGCUUGAGAAAAAAAAAUAUUUCCAAUUAUGUUUUUGCAUAAACUGUGCAAAUGGAAAUUGAUAUCUUUGUAUUUUUAUAGUUGAAACAUUGGACAUUGAGCUCUUUUUCAGUGCUAAUGUUUUGCACAAGGUCAUUUGUGCCUUUGUUUGCUGCCCUGAUUAUUCCAGUGUACUUUCUGCUGGCAUGAAUCAGAGCUCAUUUCCCUGACUUUACUUUUUACUCAGGAAAUGCUUUUGUCGCUGCCCAGAUUUUAAGUGUCAGAUUAUCGCACCAGCAACACUUAACCCAGGUGUUAAGUGUUUAUUUAUUUUAUUGUAUCUUUUCAUAUCUAUAAUGUAUAUUGAUGUAAGUCUUUGGUAUUAUUUUUAUAUCUUCAACUGUGUCUAUUAUCAUUAUUAUUGUUAUUAAUAUUAUUAUUAUUAAAAAGUUGUAGUUUGUAGGGCAUUUGUUGAAUUUGCACACACUGACGACAAAGAUUGAUACAUUGAAAAGUACAAACACAAAUGGGUACAAAGUCCGAACUCUUAGGCAAUGUUUCUUGUAAUUUACUUAGGUAGUCUUCAAGAAUAUGCCUCAGGCUUCCCGAAGGGCAUUCACAGUCAAAAAUAACCACUUGCACCCAUUCAUACGCUUUCCCAAAGCAUUGUCAUGUGACUUGUGUUAUCCAUGUGUAUAUUCAGGUUGGAACGCCCUUGUGUGUGGGAAGAAAAUGUUCACCCACAUUCAUAAACAGAAAGAAAGAAAGUCAAGGCAUCAAUUGGCAAGUUUAGUCCACUGUGUGCAUUUGUUUUAGUUUUUAUCGUACAUCUCACAUUUUACUUGGGAAAUGCUUUUAUCACUGUAUUUUAUUUUAUAUUUUAAUGACAGUUUAGGACCUUAGGUAGCUAUAACCACGCAGUGUUCUUGAACGCACCGCCCAGACACCAAUAGUGAAACCUCAUGAAUGAACUCCAGGCAGUGUCUCUGUGCCUCCUUUCUACCGCACUGUCUUUAAUGGGCUCGUCCUGUUUUCAGACUGGUGCACACUUUAUAUGAAUUUUUACACUGUUCCAGUCAUUAAAGGGAAACUUCAGCCUUUUCCCCUUGGUGAUGUAUCAGCGUCUUUUUCUGUGUGCCAGGCUGCUGCUAUUUUUUACAGGUGAAUAUGCUGCACAUGGUAAACAGGAGCAGGUUCUAGCAUUUGCUGGUGGAGAUGUUAUUCUACCAUGCAGCUUCAGGAUCUCUGAC